ACCCUUGCAGAACCAUUUAUUUCAUACAUGAAACAUAUUGCUCCCUGACACGUUUAUAUAAAUUGACAUGCUAAAGCCAGCAGAUAGUAGUAACAGUAACUAUUUCCAUCCAUUCAUUUUCCAAGCCACUUCUCCGUCAGGGUCGCAGGGGGUGCUGGAGCCUAUCCCAGCAGUCAUCGGGCAGAAGGCGGGAUACGCUCUGGACAGGUUGCCGGUCCAUCGCAGUAACUAUUUAAACUGUACUAAAUGGCCAUAUAACAGAUUUCUGUAUAUUUUAGCUCUACUGUGGCUAAAUAGGAAAUAGGAAUUUUCCUGGAGGCAGUCCUUCAAUGGGUUUGUUGUGUUUUAUAUGAGAAAUAUAAUAUGUGCUGUAUUUCAUUUUAAUGUGCAAACGUUUCACAGUGUUAACUUCACAAGAUCAUAAGGUCUGCACACAGUGUGUGUUAAUGAAAAGCCUGGGUUUUGUUGCAGAUUUAUAAAAAAAAAAUCAUAACUCUUUUAUGAUCACAGUACUUUGGGUGAUAAACCUGUUUUACCUGCCAUGUACAGAGUCUCUUGUGUAGGUCAGCCAUGUAGGCCUUUAGCUUAAGUGUAUUCAUUUCAGGCUUUAUGCAAAGUUAGGAUUAUAUUGUGGUUAGAGCCUAAAGACCUUUACAAAUAAGGUGAUAGUAACAGCGUACCAUAUAAAGAACAGCUCAUAAAUGGCUGUUUCAACACUGCUCACUAUUCUAAAGGCCUUUGUUUUUAUUAAGAAACUGUUACCUCAAGCAGGUUAAUCUUGUACGGUUGAUUAUCAUUUACUUUGAAGGUAAUAAAAAUGAAAUGGCUAGUUAAUAAUGAAUUAUUCACAUAAAAACAAGAUACCUGUGAAUGUAAUCGGGCAAAAGAACAAGCAAAGAGUGACAUACACAAAUAUACACAAUGUACAGUAUAGUGCAAAAGUCAGAGAUAAUUUUUCAUUUGUUUAAUUUCCGGUUAAAACAGCCAAGUCUUUUUUUUUUUUCAUUUUCAGGAGUUAUUUCUAGGGAGAUUAUUUGUUAAACUAUGUAAAUAGGACUCUUAACAACUGUGUGAGACCUGGCAUGUUUUGAUAAAUGAAGGGCGAUCUCUGCAUUUUGCACAGUAGUGUACAAUAUACAAUAUACAGAUGUAUGAAUUGAAUAAUAAUGGCUGUGUUUACACCAUGAAGCAUGGGUAUGUUUUGGUUUGUUGUGCAUUACGUGAUAUUUUCUUCCACUGGAACAGUUUCCAACCAUCAGUGUUCAGAAAUGAUAUGCUCUGAUUUGCUAAUGAGGAGGGAGGUGGUUUGUGGUAAGUUGGUCUCCGUGGGUUUGAGGGCACGGACGCUGUACUCUUGUCAACUGCAUUCAGGUGGAUGCUUCAGUGGAAGCUGCACAGGUUCAUCACCCAGCUGAAGCGCUCAGGUGGACACAGGCAUGGCGUUCGCAGGGAUACUGAAAGAAGAGGACAUUGCCGCGGCUGUCCAGGCAUGCCAAGCUCCAGGCACUUUUGCAAUCAAGGCUUUCUUUAAACAAGCAGGGCUGUUCGGCAAGUCGAACGCUGAGGGCCAGGAAGUGUUCAAAGUCCUUGACCAGGACAAGAGCGGAUUUAUUGAAGAAGAUGAGCUCAAACUCUUCCUCCAGAACUUCAUUGCAGGUGCCCGAGAACUGACAGACUCUGAGACCAAAGCAUUUCUGGCAGUGGGAGACUGUGAUGGAGAUGGCAAAAUUGGCAUGCAGGAAUUCUGCACACUGCUGAACUGAUGCACUGAUGUGUCUUCUCCUAGGCUGAUGGUGACAAACUAGAAUUUUCUUUUUUGCACCAGUCUCAUAACUGACUAAAAAUGUUUGUACUGAUCAAAUGAAUCAGUGAAUUUUGUGAAAUAAAGUUU